GACAUAUAGAGGGGUCAUGUGAAAUGCCUACAGAGCAUUCCAGCCUUUAGCCUGUUCUCCUUCAGGUUCUUGUGUGGACUAGAAGACCCUCAGAGCGAAGCAGACGCAACACGACCAGGACAAGGUGCUGCAGGUAAUCUCAGCCACGGAAUCAGAUACAUACAAAUAUAAAAACCAGUCACCAGCAACCUUUUCUCAUCAGCUUCAGCCAGAGUGACCAUGCCUCGGCUGUGUGUCCCGCUGCUUCUCUGUGUCUUUGUGCUCGGACUCCUCUGCUUCGCAGAGGCAGAAGGAAACCAAGCUGAGCCUCGUGAGAAAAGGGGUGUGCCUAACUGGGCGCUGACGUCCUCUGACUUCUUCGGCUGGGUUGAGGAGCUGCGCUCUCAUGCUGGUUAUGACAAGAUUGAGGAGCUGGCCAAAACCUUCUGGGCGCACUUCCCCUCGGCCAGCCGUCUGGGCUACGACCCCCCUGCUCCCGAAGAAUGAAGCCAUAAAAGGUUUUUUCCCUGCAUGUCUCGACUGGCUCUUCCCCAAAUUCUAUCAACU